AUGUCGCCAGAAGUACUGGUGAACUCUUUGAUCAUAUGCGCAGUGUGCUGGGCAAUAUGGCGCAUCGUACGCAUGCGGCAACCUGAAGUCUCGCUCCGUUCGGUCGCCAUUCUUGUUCUAGGCGACAUUGGGAGGAGCCCACGGAUGAUGUACCACGCGGAGAGCUUUGCGUCGAUUGGCUUUGAAACGUACUUGAUAGGCUACGCGGGCACAAAGCCUGUUCCCUCACUGCUCUCAAUCCCCCACGUUCGCUUCUUGUACCUAUCUGAGCCGCCCAGAUACAUCUCCUCGUGGCCUUUUAUUGUUGCUGCACCUCGAAAAGUGUUGCACCAAGUGCUCAGCAUAUUGAACACGCUCCUCGUGCGCAUUCCGCAUCCGCCAGAGUUCAUCAUAGUACAGAAUCCCCCUAGCAUCCCAACCCUCGCUCUCGUCUGGUUUGUGGCCAGACUCCGAGGCAGCAAAGUCAUUAUCGACUGGCACAACCUGGGCUACAGCAUUCUUGCUCUGAAGCUCGGAGAUCAGCACAUAUUCGUCAGAAUAGCGAAAUGGUUCGAGUCGUACUUCGGGCGGGUGGCAUACGCUCAUCUGUUCGUUACCCGAGCCAUGCGAGACUUCCUCGUGAGGGAGUGGGAUCUGCAAGGUAUCAAAGUCGUUCUACACGACCGACCACCGGCUCGCUUCCAUCGCGCGUCUCCGAGCGAGGCGCAUGAACUCUUCCUCAAACUGCGUAGUGUUCUGGCGAUUCCGGAACUGACGUCGUUCCUCCCCCCGAUCAGUCCGCCAUACUCCACGCCUUUCACCUCCAUGCCGCGCUCCAGCCUCUUGUCCUCGGAGCCCAGGCGCCCCUCUGACGAUACUGGGAAGCGGCUCGCGAGGGGCACCGCACCGAUGCCUGCUUUGCGCUCCGACCGUCCUGCUCUGCUUGUCUCCAGCACAUCAUGGACGCCGGACGAAGACUUUGGUAUCCUCCUCGACGCCAUGGUCCUGUACGAAAAGCGGGCCCGUGAACUCAGCAACGCACCCUCGUCGGACGGACUUCGAACAAGCCUUCCGAAACUACUCGUCAUCGUCACGGGCAAAGGCCCUCUGCGUGAUGAAUACAUGCAGAGGAUCGGCAAGCUGCAGAGCGGAGAAGGCGGUGAAGACGCUUGGCGCUACGUUCGCUGUGUGAGCUUGUGGCUCGAAGCAGAGGACUAUCCAUUGUUGCUUGGCUCCGCCGAUCUCGGGGUGUCUCUGCAUUCCAGCUCCUCUGCGCUCGACUUGCCAAUGAAGGUGGUCGAUAUGUUUGGGUGCGGGCUACCUGUCUGCGCACUCGGCUUCGCAUGCCUGGAUGAACUCGUGAAGGACGGUGUCAACGGGCUCGUAUUCCACAAUGCAGAACAGCUCGCUGGGCAGCUAGAAGACCUACUCUCGUCCCAUCCGCAUUCUCAUGUCAUCGAGAGGCUGCGAUCCUCGCUGCGACACACCUACCCACGCUCACCGCGCUCCCCAGCAAGCGAGGAGGAUGCGGACUACUGGGGAACGUGGGCGCAGAACUGGGACCGCGUCGUGCGCCCGCUGAUUCUGCGCGAUGUGGCAGAGACAACGUACUGA